AGUGCAAAUCCAAGUGGAGGAAAAAGAAGAUGAUACAGAAGAAAGCUCAAGUGAAGAAGAAGAAGAAAAACUACCCAGAAGAGAGAGCUUGAGACCAAAGAGGAAACGGACCAGAGAUGUCAUCAAUGAGGAUGAUCCAGAACCAGAGCCAGAGGAUGAAGAAACAAGAAAGGCAAGAGAAAAAGAAAGGCGGAGAAGGCUGAGGAGAGGAGCGUAAGAAGAAGAAAUUGACGAAGAGGAAUUAGAACGAUUAAAAGCACUGCUAGAUGAAAAUAGACAAAUGAUUGCUACUGUCAAAUGUAAACCUUGGAAAAUGGAGAAGAAAAUUGAAGUUCUCAAGGAAGCAAAGAAAUUUGUGAGUGAGAAUGAAGGAGCUCUUGGGAAAGGAAAGGGAAAGAAGUGGUUUGCAUUUAAGAUGAUGAUGGCCAAGAAAUGGGCAAAAUUCCUCCGUGAUUUUGAGAACUUCAAAGCUGCUUGCGUCCCCUGGGAAAACAAAAUCAAGGCAAUUGAAAGUCAGUUUGGUUCCUCAGUGGCCUCCUACUUCUUGUUCCUGAGGUGGAUGUAUGGCGUCAACAUGGUUCUCUUUAUACUAACCUUCAGCCUCAUCAUGUUACCCGAGUACCUCUGGGGUUUACCAUAUGGCAGCUUACCUAGGAAAACAGUCCCAAGAGCUGAAGAGGCAUCUGCAGCCAACUUUGGUGUGUUGUAUGACUUCAACGGUCUGGCACAGUACUCAGUCCUCUUUUAUGGCUAUUACGACAAUAAACGCACGAUCGGAUGGCUGAAUUUCCGGCUACCUCUUUCCUACUUCCUGGUGGGGAUUAUGUGCAUUGGAUACAGCUUUCUGGUUGUCCUCAAAGCGAUGACCAAAAAUAUUGGUGACGAUGGUGGUGGCGAUGACAACACUUUCAACUUCAGCUGGAAGGUGUUCUGCAGCUGGGACUAUCUGAUUGGUAACCCUGAAACAGCUGACAACAAAUUUAAUUCUAUCACGAUGAACUUUAAGGAAGCCAUCAUAGAAGAGCGAGCAGCCCAGGUGGAGGAGAAUAUCCACCUCAUCAGAUUCCUGAGGUUUCUUGCUAACUUCUUCGUGUUCCUAACACUUGGUGCAAGUGGAUACCUCAUCUUUUGGGCUGUGAAGCGAUCCCAGGAAUUUGCCCAGCAAGAUCCUGACACCCUUGGGUGGUGGGAAAAAAAUGAAAUGAACAUGGUUAUGUCCCUCCUGGGGAUGUUCUGUCCCACACUGUUUGACUUAUUUGCUGAACUGGAAGAUUACCAUCCUCUCAUUGCUCUGAAGUGGCUCCUGGGGCGUAUUUUUGCUCUUCUUCUAGGCAACUUGUAUGUUUUCAUUCUUGCCUUGAUGGAUGAGAUUAACAACAAGAUUGAAGAGGAGAAGCUCGUGAAGGCCAAUAUCACCCUGUGGGAAGCCAACAUGAUUAAGGCUUACAAUGAAUCUCUCUCUGGGAACACCACAGGACCACCCUUUUUUGUUCAUCCUGCUGAUGUACCUCGAGGUCCCUGCUGGGAAACAAUGGUGGGGCAGGAAUUUGUACGUCUUACUGUUUCUGAUGUUCUGACCACUUAUGUCACUAUCCUCAUUGGUGACUUCCUCAGAGCAUGCUUCGUGAGGUUCUGCAAUUACUGCUGGUGCUGGGACUUAGAAUAUGGAUAUCCUUCAUACACAGAAUUCGACAUCAGUGGCAACGUCCUUGCUCUGAUCUUCAACCAAGGCAUGAUCUGGAUGGGCUCCUUCUUUGCUCCUAGCCUCCCAGGCAUCAACAUCCUCCGACUCCACACAUCCAUGUAUUUCCAGUGCUGGGCUGUGAUGUGCUGCAAUGUUCCCGAGGCCAGGGUCUUCAAAGCUUCCAGAUCCAACAACUUCUACCUUGGCAUGCUGCUACUCAUCCUCUUCCUGUCCACCAUGCCUGUCCUGUACAUGAUUGUCUCCCUCCCACCAUCUUUUGAUUGUGGGCCCUUCAGUGGUAAAAACAGAAUGUUUGAAGUCAUUGGUGAGACCCUGGAACACGAUUUCCCAAGCUGGAUGGCGAAGAUCCUGAGGCAGCUUUCUAACCCCGGCCUUGUCAUUGCUGUCAUUCUGGUGAUGGUUUUGACCAUCUAUUAUCUCAAUGCUACUGCCAAGGGCCAGAAAGCAGCAAAUCUGGAUCUCAAAAAGAAGAUGAAACAGCAAGCUUUGGAGAACAAAAUGCGAAACAAGAAAAUGGCAGCCGCUCGAGCAGCUGCAGCUGCUGGUGGCCAGUAA